ACAUAAUUGUCAAAGGGUGAGGUUAGACAAGUGUUUUUUGGGAAGUUUUUGGAAAAUUUGACAUAAAUGGGUUCCAAGAAUUUGCUGCUGGGCCACUUGAAGGUGAUUUUGGGAAAUCAUGUCGAAUCGGAUAUUGUCGAUUACAUAAAUAGUAUAAAAAACAAGGAGGAUUUAGAUGAAUUUAUGGAAAAUAUAAUUGAUAAGAACAAUACCGGUCAUGUUACAUCGUACGAGGGGAUUUGUAAUAUUUUAUUUGGUAGUAAUAAGGCCUCAAAAAAAAGUCAUUCUGAGGCUAUGGUGGCUUCCAAAAGUCAGGAAAAAAAUAAUAAGGCAAUGAAGCAAAAAGGCAAGAAACGCUUCAGUGAUAUAAACGCAUUCCAAGAGAAGAAAAAACAACAGGAAGGUAGGACAAUGUGUGACUGUGAAGGUCAGGAGCACGAAUUUAUGAAUAAUUGUUUGAAUUGUGGACGAAUUCAUUGUUAUGAGGAAGGUCCAGGGCCUUGCUUUUUCUGCAAUGAACCAGUUACUUUAAUGGGCGAAGAGAAUUACGUAGACUUGUCAUCUUCACGCAAAAGCAGGAAAAGUGCUUCCGUCACAAAACAUAAAGAAAACACAGUUUUUGAUGACGAUAACGACUACUUUAAAACCGACUCAAAUCAGAACAAACAAGACAAACGCACCUUGGUUGUAGCUCUUGACUUUGCGACCCGGCGAGUAAUUGAAAGCACGGCUGAAGAUGUGCGAAUCAAGGAGAAACUUCACGAAGACAUUAAAAAACAUCUCGCUAAUGUCGAGAAAUUGUACCGGAAAUUGCAAAAAGAAUCGGAAGUUACUAUAGCGCCUGAUAAUAACGAUUUGGUCGAUUUGUUGGUACAAAUGAGACACAAAAAGCCGGUCGGUGUUGAAGAUUUAGGUCCGGAAGAUAGUAAAGCCCACAUUAUCGAUUAUGGGAAGGUUUAUGACGAGGAGGUUAUCGCAAAUACCGACCAUGGGCUGUGCCUGAGUAUGCACCAACCGUAUGCUAGUCUUCUGGUAGCGGGAGUCAAAAAACACGAAGGCAGGACGUGGAAAACCAAUCACAGGGGGCGCCUUUGGAUAGCAGCGGCUGCUAAAGUACCAGACGAGGAUGAAAUUUCCGCGUUAGAAACAUUUUAUCGCCACUAUUACAACGACCAGUCAUUAAAAUUUCCACGAGACUAUCCAACGAGUUGCCUUCUCGGCUGUGUUUUCGUGGAAGAUUGUUUGGACCAGGAAACUUACCGAAAACGUUUCCCGAACGGCGAGAGUAACAGUCCAUACGUCUUAAUUUGCUCAAAUCCCGUCAUUUUGCCAAUUUUUUACCCAAUCCUCGGCAAACAUAAAAUAUAUCCGUUAGAUAAGGAGUUGCACAAUUGCGCCAAAUUAUCACUCCGACAUGCGAACUACUUCGAUUGAAAAAACAAAUAGAUUCUUAUGUUUAUUGCACUUUUUGUUUGUUUACAAAAAUAUAAUAAAUUACAACUAUACAAUAAAUUAAUUUACAUUU